AUGGCGGCGGGAAGAGGGGCAGAGCUACGAGGAGGCGCGGGAGAGUCUGCGACGAUAGUGGGUGGCGCGACAGGCGGGAAACAAGGGGACGGCGCAACGGGCGCAAGCAGCAACUUACUGGGACCGAUCAGCCAAUGCGCGGUAACUUCUGUGGUGGCGGAGAAUAGCGCAGACUCCGCGGACAGAAUGUCCACCGAGUCGCGCAGCGCGGAGGCGGGCGGCGACGGGAAUGGCGCAAACAGCGUAAACGGCGGAGAUGGCGCUAACGGUGCUAGCAGCUACCCAUCCAGCCUUGCCUCAUGGCCGAACGAGUCGCCAUCCGCGGUUACAUCCCCCACAACUUCCGCCGCUUCUGAAACGAGAUCCGCCGCGUCGUGGACUUGCGCGGGCGCGUUCCCCGCUGUGCGCCACCCCGUUCGACCCACCUCCCUCGCGCUGGUAUCGAAACGAGGACGCGGGAGCGUCUCGGAGAGAAUUGACACGGGGAGAGGCGCAGAGAGAAGCGCGGGGAGAAGCGUGGGGAGUAGCGGCGGCAGCCGGCGCAUCAGCUUCCCCCCCAGCUGUUCAAUGGGUGAUCGAAGUCGUUCCGAAAGCUCUCGUGGUACUGCCAGCGGUGGUCGCGGAGGCGGUGGCGGCGGCGGCGGUGGCGGGGUCGGCCACAGGAGUUUACUGGUGGCGCGUACUGCUGCGCUGGCAUCUGCCAGGCCUACUGCUGCUGCUGGUGGCGAUGCGACAGGGCGCCGCAAUCGACGAGCCCGCCUCGCGAUUACUACUCACACCUCUUUUCCUCUUAAAACUACUAAAGCUACUUGUAGCAGCGGUAUUAGUGCUAGCGAUGCUGAACGUACGAAUGGUUGUACGACCGCUGGUGGCGGGAAGGAGUGUAGCGGAGGUGAUUUUGGCGGGAGCUUGACACGCGAUAGCAGCGGCAGCGGGCGGGACGGAGGUGCUGGCAGUGGUAGUAGAGGCAAAGGGGGAGCGGGCGGGAGGGACGCGGACAAGGCGCGGCCCCCUUGGGGCGCGCGAGCCCCUGGCGCAGUGCUGAAAGCGAAUGAGGUUCUGACGGGGGUUGAGAGGCGGGGAGGAGUGUUGAGCGGUGCUGACGUGCGUGUGGAGGGUGUUGUGAGCGCAGGCACGGGGGGGAAGAAUUGUGAGGGCCACGUGGAACGCGUUGCUGACACGGGUGCUGGGGCGGAUGAGGGUGGCGAGGUGCGUGGGGUUGGCGAGGCGAGUGUGGCUGGUGGGAUUGGUGAGGAGGCAACACAAGGGACGGUGGAUGCUGUAGGGAAGAAGGGAGAGGAUGAUGGCGUGUGGACGGGUGGACACCAAGGGGAGGAGGGCAGGGAGAGUACGAUGGAAGGGACGCAACGUCUGAGUUGGGAAGGUGGCGUUGCUGCUGUUGCUGAUCAUGAUGCUGCUGCUGCUGCAUCUAUUGAUUCCUGUGCUUCUCGUGAUGGUGCUGCUCCUGUUGGUGAAAAAAGCAUUGCGAGUGAGGUGGACGAGGGAGAGGGUGCCCAGGGAGUGAGGGAAGAUGAGAAUGAAGGGGAGAGUGGGGGGAAGGGGUGUUUCAUCCGUGGAGUAGAGGAAGAAGAGUGUGAAGAGGAGGUGGUUGAGGGAGAGGCUGUCCCACCGGAGAGGGAAGGGUCAGAAGAAUCAGAUGCACUAUGCGGGGACAAAGCGGGGAUGAGAGUAGGAGAGCUGGAGGAGCAGAGGGGGGAGAGCCAAGCGCCGGCGGAAAAAGAGGACGAGGAACAAGAACGAGAAGAGGAAGGUGUUGAGAAGGCAAAAGAUUGUGGCAGGAAAGGGACGGCAAGAGGAGAGACUCUUGAAUGCGAGCAGGAAUUGUUGGUGGGCAGGAAUAGUGUGGGUGGCAGCGGCGCGUUGGAAGAGGUCGCACUGGAGGCCGAGCAAUCACUGGCUGCGGGUGGUGCUCUUGCCGCAGAUCAUGCCGAUGCAGAUGCCGUGGCUGAUGCCGAAGCUGAUGCCGCCGCUGAUUCCGAAGCUGAUGCCAGGCCUGAUGCUGGGGUUGAUGCCGGCGCUGAUGCCGAAGCUGACUCUGGGGCUGGUGUUAGGUCUGAUGUCAGGGCUGAUGCUGAGGCUGAUGCUGAAGUUGAUGUUGGGCCUGCGGCUAAUGCUGUGGCUAACGCUGGGGUUGAUGGGGGGGCUGAAGCCAGGUCUGACGAUGAGGCUGAUGCCAGGGCAGAUGCUGAGGCCAAUGCCAGGGCAGAUGCUGAGGCCAAUGCCAGGGCAGAUGCUGAGGCCAAUGCCAGGGCAGAUGCUGAGGCCAAUGCCAGGGCAGAUGCUGAGGCCAAUGCCAGGGCAGAUGCUGAGGCCAAUGCCAGGGCAGAUGCUGAGGCCAAUGCCAGGGCAGAUGCUGAGGCCAAUGCCAGGGCAGAUGCUGAGGCCAAUGCCAGGGCAGAUGCUGAGGCUGAUGCCGAAGCUGAGCCUUUUGUGGUAGUGAAGGGGGAGGAGGACAAGGAAGCAGGGAAAGAACAAGGAGAAUAUAAUGAUCGCAACCUGGAUGCUGCCACUGCUGCUCUGGCCAAGGUGCGUCCGCUCGCCCUGCGCCUGCGAGCCAUGGCCUCUGCUGCUGCUGCCAGCUCCCGAGUCAAGGCGAAAGCAGUUGCUGCUGAAGCUGCUGCUGCCGCUGCAGCUGAGGCAGAGAUGCUGGCCGAGGAGGCUGAUACAGAGGGAGAUGGUGCGUCUGAAGAGGAGGAUGGUGGAGAGGGUGUUGUGAGGGGGGUCUUGGCAGAGGGAGUGGGUGCUAUGCAUGGGGAUAGCAGCAUGGGCGCAGGCUCGCCCGUGCGGCUCCCCUUGUGCCUGCGUCCCCCACUAAGAAGGCGGGAGUGGAUUCGGUGUUGGCGCUGUGUCUCAAGUCCACCACGUCGCUCGAGACCAACUAACGUCUGCUCACCUCCCCCCACUCCUCCUGUCCUCCCGCCAUUCUUUUUCCGUCCCCCCUCCUUCCCCCCUCCCCACCGCCGCUCCCGCCGUCUCCCCUGCCAGGCGGGAGUGGAUUCGGUGUUGGCGCUGUGUCUCAAGUCCACCACGUCGCUCGAGACCAACUUCGAGAAUGCCAACAAGCUCUUCAUCGGCAACAUGUCCAACGUCGCAUCCUUCGGCGCGUUCUGCGUGGAGAUCAAGGAAACCCUACUCGUGAGCGACGACGGGCUGAGCAUCUACCCGGCGCCGCUGCCGUCCUUCUUCAUCCGCCAGGGGUGGACUCUGCCUCUCUGGGGCCCGGCGCCCGACCCCUCGCUGGUGAACGAGACGGUGCAGAUGACGCUCACCAACAACGGCGUCACGGACCUCAGCGUCACCGGCCUUGACUUCACGCAGUUCGGCCUGCCCGCGGAUUUCUCCGUCGGCCCUGGCCUCUCUGCCAACCUGACUUUCAACCGCACGCAGGUGAACCUGGACUUUGAAACCCUCCCGCUGCUGCAGACGUACCUGUCGGGCACGAACCCGCCGGACCUGCAGGCAGACGAGGUGAUCUCCGUGGUCAUCGUCAAGCUCUACCCCGACGACCCCGACGGGCUGCUGGGCCGCGCCGCCUACGUGUUCCUCAAGCCCACCAACGACCAGAUCAACCCGUACGAGUUCUACCUGUUUGAAGCCAACUACUACCUGCCGCCGCCGACUUCGUCCGGGCGGCGGCGGCUGCUCGCGGCGAUCCCCAAGACCACGUCGCCGCCGUCGGGGAGCCAGAAGGGGUGCUGCGCGAAAGCCAAGAUCCCGCCCACGUGCAAACCGGGCGCGCCCACGUGGCCCUCGUGUCGGAGCCCGCCCUGCAAGACGCCCUGCUAG